CCUCCUUUAUCUUCUUCCUCAUCAUCUUCCACAACCUUUCCUUUCCUUUCAUUGCUUCUAUCACCCUUUGACGCCAAUAAAGUCUCCACAUUUCUACACUAAACAUAAACACCCCCUCACCGCUUUAAUUUGACUCUCUCUGUAAUCGCUUCUUCAAUUUAAUUUUUCUCUAUUCAUCACUUUCUUCUUUCUCUGGGCUUUUUAUGGUGGGAAUUGGAGAGGGAUGGCUGUGGAAUUGAUGAUGGGUUAUGGGAAUGAUGGAUUUGCUGUGAAGAUUGAGGAGACCGCCGUGCAGGAGGCGGCUACCGCUGGGUUAAAGAGCGUUGAGAAUCUUAUUAGGUUGCUUUCUAAUUCGCCGGAGUGUGGGGAUGGAUUUUCUGCUUCGGUGUCGGAGACGCCGCCGGCGGAGGCGGAGUUCCAGGCGGCGGCGUUGGCUAACGCCGCCGUCACGAAGUUUAAGAAGUUUAUUUCGUUGCUGGACCGGACCCGGACCGGGCAUGCCCGGUUCAGGAGAGGGCCGGUUGGGAAUCAGGCCGGGUUGGAAGGGAAGAAAAUAGAUCAGGAACCGGAACCAGAACCGGCGGCUCCGGCGGCCGAUGCAUCGGAAAAGCCGCUUAGUGGGUCGAAAAUCUACUGCACAACGCCAAUCCAACGGUUACCGCCGCUUCCCCACCACCACUUCGUGAAGAACGGAUCGGCGGCGAAUGAUCGGAAAGAAUCGGCGACCACCAUCAGCUUCUCCGGCACCGGCGCGGCUGCCUCUCCGGCGGGCUCUUUCAUCUCAUCGCUCACGGGGGNAAAAAAAAAAAAAAAAAAAAAAAAGAGAAAAGAAUCCGAGGUGGGCUGGGUGGUUUGA